GGGAGGCGCGGACGGUCUGCGGCCGGAUCUACUCUGCCGUGGUCGAGGGUCGCCUGGUGCUGGACGAUGGCGCGGAGCGGCCGCUUACGCCCCGGGGUGAAGCAGAAACUGAACCGCUGGAAGAAGGGCCACAGCAGCGAAUCCAACCCGCAGAGCCGCCGCUUUCGCGAUGCGGCGCGGAGCCGCUUCUACAGCCGAGCGGCGGGGCCCAGUGACCUGACUGUGGAUGUGCUGAAGCUGCACAAUGAGCUCCAGUCCAACAGCUUCUCGAUCGGCCCAAAGGAGGGGCCAGCAGGAGGGUCGGUGCUGGAGACUGAAGGAGAUGCCCUCACUGAGAAAACCGGCGGCACCUUCCUUAGUGGCCUGUCGGACUGCAGCAACCUGACCUUCAGCCGGAUUCAGCGGUACUGGGAAUCCGGCUCUGCUGCCCACAAGGAGAUAUGUGCGGUGUUUGCUGCUGUCACUGAGGUGAUUCGCUCUCAAGGAGGGAAGGAGACAGAAACAGAGUAUUUUGCUGCAUUGAUGACGACGUUGGAGGCGGUGGAGACCGAGGAGUCGGUGGCAGCCGUUGUAUACCUCCUGAGCCUGGCGAUGAAACGUGUUCCGGCAGCGGUCCUGAGGAAGGAAUUCUCGGCAACAGCGAAGGUUCUGAUGCGGCUGCUCGCCGCUCAGGCAGGAGCGGGCUCCGUGCUGGCACUGCGGCGGACAGUGUGCUGUCUCUCCACGCUGCUGCGCCGACAGGAUGUGGAUGUGUGGACCUUCCCCUCAACGCUGCAAAUCUACCACGGUCUCCUCAGUAUCACCGUGCACGUCAAACCAAAGGUGCGUAAGGAGGCCCAGCGCGGUGUCUGCUCCAUCCUCAGGGGCAGCGACUUCAUGUUUGGUGACUCGGCUCCGGUCAUUCACCCUGCCGCACAAUCAACGGCCAAGUUCUGCAUUAACAAGAUUGAAGAGCAUGGAGGCAGCACGGAGGGUGCCACCAUGCUGCACCUGUUGGGGUUGCUGAAGGAAGUGCUCCCGUGUUUCUCCGUCAGAGCUGUGAAGUCGUGCUGUGAGACUCUGCUGAGGGUCAUGACUCUGGGCAAUGUGAUGGUCACAGCCUGCUCGAUGCAGGCCUUCCACGGCCUCUUUGCUGCCAAAACCGGCCCGUCUACCCUGACAGCAGAGCUGAACGCACAGAUAAUAACCGCUUUGUACGAUUACCUGCCGAGUGUCAAUGACCUGCAGCCCUUGCUGGCCUGGCUCACCGUCAUGGAGAAAGCUCACUGCAACCUGUCACGGUUGCAGGGGUCACUGUGCCUGGCCCACCUUCCUCGUAUCUUCUCCACGGCCAUCAGCUGCCUGCUCUCACCCCACACCCAGCUGCUGUCAGUGGCAGCCGCCACCAUGAAGGUGCUGCUUCAGGAAUGCGUGGCUCCGUUCACCACUGACAUCGGAGACUUUGCUUCGUCCUCGCCCUCGGGUCCUGCCUCCCACGUCUGCAAGAUGUUCAGGGUUGUGGAGGAGGCCCUGGCCUAUCGCUUCUACGCGUCCUGGGCCAGUGUUCUAGACGUUCUCACGACCUUCUUUGAGGUGAUCGGCUCUCAGGCUUCGCCAGCAAUGACACAGUGUCUGCAGGCCCUCUGUGAUCUACGAACGACUCCACAUUUCCCCUAUGUCUUGGAACUGGAGCGUGCCGUGGGCAUGGCGGUGGAGAAGAUGGGAGCUGAGACUGUUUUACGGGCUAUUCCUCUGCAGAUUGAUGGCACAGAGGAGAACUUGGACUUCCCACGGAGCUGGCUCAUCCCCGUGAUCCGAGACCACGUCAAGCACACUCAGCUCGCCUUCUUCAAUAAAUACUUCUUGCCUCUGGCAGCAAAAUUGAAGAGCAGAGCUGUGGAACUUGCUGAGUCUGGCCAAACCCUUGAAGCCAAAAUCUACGACACUUUGCAGUGGCAGAUAUGGACAACGUUGCCGGGAUUCUGCACCAGACCCACAGAUACGGUUGUGGCGUUUAAAAAUAUUGCCAGGACCCUGGGAACGGCCAUCAGUGACCGGCCGGACUUGCGACCGACCGUCUGCCAAGCUCUCAGAGCCCUGAUCAGCAAAGGCUGUGAGAACGACGCAGACCAUGCGGAAGUGAGUCGAUUUGCCAAGAACUUCCUGCCACUCCUGUUCAAUGUUUACUGCACUCAACCGGAGAGUGGGGAGAGCCCUGCCCAGCGACUCCCUGUGCUGGACACUAUCAAAAUGUACCUGACCCUGGCGGAGCAGAAGCUGGUGUGUGGAUUCCUGGACAAGGCCAAAGAGAAGCUGGAGAAAUCGGAUAGUUCAGCAUUCACAAGACUGUCGGUGAUGGACCUGCUGGUAGCAAUGGCCCCACUGGUCGAUGAAACCAGCAUGGAUCAAAUGUACCAGAUGAUACUCCCAUUCCUGCAGAGCAAAGACCACAGCAUCCAGAAGAAGGCCUAUCGAAUCCUCGAGGUUAUCUGUGGGGGCACGCAGGACACGUGCAGGCAGUUUGUUCACAAGCAUUUGGAUGGGUUGAAGGUGACACUGCUGGGAUCUCUCAAAUCUGCGUCAUCCCCUGCAAAGAGGCCAAGGUUGAUGUGUCUGAUUCACAUUGUCAAGCAGCUCUCUGUGGAACAUCAGGAGUUCAUCGUAGCACUGCUUCCUGAGGUUAUAAUCUGCAUGAAAGAGGUUUCCAUUGGAGCACGCAGGAAUGGCUACACUUUAUUGGUCGAGAUCGGCCAAGCCUUCUUGAAGUUUCAUAGCGAUGGACAAGAGGCGAUUACUCAGUACCUGGCACUGGUUUACGCGGGUUUAACUGGCUCUGUCACCAUGAUCAGCUGCACUGUCCUUGCACUCACUCGCCUGGUCUUCGAAUUCAAAGAUAAGAUGGACGUGGCCACCAUUGAGCAUCUGCUGAAGAACAUCUGCCUGUUGCUGCAGUCCAAGACUCGCGAUGUGGUCAAGUCAGCACUUAGUCUCAUCAAAGUAGUUCUGUUCGUCAUGGAUACGAGUGGACUGGCUCCGCAACUGCCGCUGCUGGUUGAGAGUAUCGGCAGCAUGCGGGAUGACACAAGGCGAUACUUCCGUACAAAGUUGAAGAACAUUUUCACAAAACUUAUACGCAAGUUUGGGUUUGAGAUGAUUGACAGCAUGUGUGCCGAGGAGUACCACAAGGUGCUGGUGAACAUUCGUAAAGCAGAGGCACGCAACAAGAGACUGCGCACCAUGAAACGUAAUGCAAGUGAGCUGGAGAGUGAGGAUGAAACUCCGAAACCAGGCAGGGGCAGUAUUGAAGAUGUUCUGCUCGAGACCGAUUCUGAUGAUGAGGGAACUGAGGAAAAGAGGAAAGACGUGAAGAAGCGGCAAGUGCAGAAGAGGCCAGCUUGGUUGAAAGAGGGUGGAGAUGAUGAACCGCUCAACUUCCUCGAUCCACAAGUAGCGCAGAGGGUGCUGGCAACCAACCCGGAGCUGAGAAAGAGAUCGGACAUUAAGCACGAUUUCACCGUGGCGGCGGACGGCCGGCUGGUCAUCGCUGAAGGGCCCCGAGCAAAAGCCAACAACGACCCCGAGGAUGAAGCUGGUGACAUUUUGGAAGAAGUUGGAGUGAAAAGUAAGGCUGGACAGAAGCAAAGAUUUAAAAGUGCUGAUGGUGAUGAGAUGCAGGUCGACUCUGGCUAUCAAGCUGGAGGUUCUGGGAUUCACAGACCAAGACCUUUGAAGAAAAAUAAAGAUCAUGGUGCCGAAUAUAAAGCAAUGAAAGGGCGAGGGGAUGUGAAACGGACAGGAAAACCCGACCCAUUUGCCUACAUCCCACUGAACAAAUCCCAGCUGAACAGAAGGAAUAAAGCCAAGGUGAGCGGGCAGUUCAAGGGCCUGGUCAAGAACAGUCACAGACUGCACAGGAAGAAAAGGACGAAGUGAUUGAUUCUGUCCGAAGAGCUGUGAAUAUUUGGGGAGUGUGUGACUGACUCGCUGCCAAUCUAUGUCUCCACAAUAACCCCAGAAUCCUAAAAAACUAACUUUAUUUUCCUGAUGGACAGGGUGAAAUUAAAUACCAUCAAAAAUG